CGACAGUUGCUCGAGAAGAUGGUGUUGCUGUGUUUAAAGUACCAAGAUGGAGAGUAAAAGGACAACCGAUUCCUGAAGUAUUAGAUCAGUAUAGGUCUGUUGGUGCUGAAUUGAAUGUCUUGCCUUUUUGUACACAGUUUAUACCAAUGGAUGUUAUCAAUUAUCCAAUACAAAAGUCUAUUUGUUAUCACCCAUCUAUUUUGCCAAGGCAUCGUGGUGUUUCAUCAAUAAAUUGGACUUUAAUAAAUGGAGAUACACGAGCUGGUUUCACGAUAUUUUGGGCUGAUGAUGGCUUAGAUACUGGACCAAUACUACUUCAAAAAGAAUGUGAUGUUGAUCCAAAUGACACAGUUGACAGUCUUUACAAUAGAUUUAUGUAUCCUGAAGGAAUAAAAGCAAUGGGCGAAGCAGUUAGAUUAGUAGCUGAGGGCAAAGCUCCUAAAAUUGUUCAAACAGAAGAAGGGGCUUCAUAUGAUCCAGCUUUAACUAAACUUGAACAUUGCAUGAUCCCGUUUGAAAAGCUCACAGGUGCACAAUUGCAUAAUUUUAUCAGAGGAAUGGAUAAAGUACCUGGCGCUGCUGCUGUUUUAGACAACCAGCAAGUCCGGUUGUAUAGUUCCAAACUAUGGACUCAAAGUAUUCCAGAAGGACGAACAUAUCAAGUGAAAGGUUUACAGUCUCCUGCUGUUAUACAUUCAGAAGGAUUAAUUUUAAUAGGAAAUGACGGAAAAGCUGUAAACGUUGAAAAAAUCAAAUUGGAUGAAAGUGGAAAAAUUAUAAACGCAUCAAAGUAUGGAAUAGUUGAUGAAGAAGCCGCCGCUCUUGAAUUAUCAGAAGAAGAAACUGCCGCUGUUAUUAAAAUAAAGGAAAUCUGGAAAGGUAUACUUAACGCAGAAGUAGAUGAAUCAACUGAUUUUUUCAAAAGUGGAGCUGGCUCUAUGGACGUUGCUAGGUUAGUUGAAGAACUUAAAGAAAAAUGUGGAAUAUCUUUAGAAAAUGAAGAUGUUUACAUUGCGACAACAUUUCAGGAAUUUACACGAGCUGCCAUUUUAAAACAAAGAGGAGGUUCUGGUACUAAAUUAGAAUUCACUGCGGUUAAAAUGCAUGUCAACAAUAUGGAUAUUUCUUUCCCUACUCAAUUAUUCAUCAAUAACCAAUUUGUCAAUUCAUCUAAUGGGCGAACAUUGAAGACUGUCAACCCAUACGACGAAUCAUUAAUAUGUGAAGUCCAAUGUGCUUCGACGGAGGAUGUUGAUACUGCUGUUAAAGCUGCUCAUAGCGCAUUUGAAGAAGGAGAAUGGAGUAAAAUGAACGCAAGAGAUAGAGCAAAACUAAUGUUCAGAUUAGCAGAUCUUAUGGAGAAACACAAGGAAGAAUUAGCUACUAUUGAAAGCAUAGACUCUGGUGCUGUGUAUACUUUAGCAAUUAAAACUCAUGUUGGAAUGUCAAUAGACACAUGGCGCUAUUUUGCCGGUUGGUGUGAUAAAAUUCAAGGCUGUACUAUACCUAUUAAUAAUGCUCGUCCUAACAGAAACUUGACUUUUACAAAAAGGGAGCCAAUUGGAGUAUGUGGAAUCAUAACUCCUUGGAACUAUCCCUUGAUGAUGGUGUCGUGGAAAGCUGCAGCAUGUUUAGCUGCAGGUAAUACUGUUGUAUUGAAGCCUGCUCAAGUAUGUCCUCUUACUGCUCUUAAGCUUGCUGAACUCAGUGUUUAUGCUGGAUUUCCUCCUGGUGUAAUCAGUGUUUUGACAGGGACAGGCACUGUAUGUGGGCAAGCAAUGGCUGACCAUCUUUUAAUAAGAAAAUUAGGAUUUACCGGAUCAACUCCAAUAGGAAAAGUUAUAAUGAAGAGCUGCGCCCUAUCAAAUUUAAAGAAAGUAUCUUUGGAAUUGGGUGGAAAAUCUCCUUUAAUUAUAUUUUCUGAUUGUGAUUUGGAUAAAGCUGUCAGAAUGGGUAUGGGUGGCGUGUUUUUCAAUAAAGGAGAAAACUGUAUAGCUGCUGGAAGAUUAUUUGUUGAAGAUUCUAUACAUGACGCUUUCGUAAAUAAAGUUGUUACUGAAACUAAAAAAAUGGUUAUCGGAGAUCCUUUAAAUCGAUCCACAGAUCAUGGUCCUCAAAAUCAUGAAGCACAUUUAAACAAACUUAUUGAUUAUUGUAACACUGGUGUUAAGGAAGGAGCCAAAUUAGUUUUAGGCGGAAAACGACUUAACAGAAAAGGAUUCUUUCUGGAGCCUACCAUAUUUACAGAAGUAGAAGAUCACACGUUCAUAGCCAAAGAAGAAAGUUUUGGACCUGUUAUGAUAAUUUCUAGGUUUAAGGAUGGAGACAUAAAUGAAGUCUUAAAAAGAGCAAAUGCUACUGAAUUUGGACUUGCUUCUGGUGUGUUUACUAAGGAUAUCUCGAAGGCUAUGUAUGUGAGUGAAAAAAUUCAUGCUGGAACUUGUUUUAUUAACUGUUAUAAUAAAACUGAUGUUGCUGCUCCUUUUGGAGGAUUUAAACAAUCCGGAUUCGGAAAAGAUCUGGGCCAAGAGGCUCUUAAUGAAUAUCUCAAGACGAAGUGUAUAACAGUAGAAUAUUAAAGGACUCUCUUUGAAUGCUGUGUAAAUAUUUACUUUGAAAUAUCAAGAAGAUUCUGUAAUUUGAAAAAUUAUAAUUCAAUGUAAAUUUAUAUGUAAAAUUUAAGAUUUUUUUA